GGGCUGCUGUGAUCAGGACCGGGUUGAGGAGAAGGUUGGGCUGAGGGGCUUCAAGGCUUUCUCUGGAAAUGGGGAGAGGUGGGAGAGCGUUCUUUGCUGAGGGGAUACUGGCGUAACUGGGUUAAGGCGAGGAGUUCAUUUCUCUGAGAAUUGGUAGAUUUAUGGAUGGGAAGUGGGGGAGAUAAGGAUGGACAGGGAGGCAGGGGCCAGACCUGUUGGGUCUCCAUUCGGGGAAGUGGUGAAUCCUGGAAGGGUUUGGAGCAGCAGGAAACAUGCCAAUUUUUUUUGGACAGAGAUCCCUAUGGCCUCUAAUCUUUGCCCCGUGCAGUUCAGAGGAUAGAAACCCCAAGAUGGAAUGGGCCUGUGCCCUUUUCAUGGGGAAACCCAUGACCAUGUGAACUUUAAUUAGCUGGCUUUUCUCUCUUAUGCCUUCUCCCUGAGAUACAAGUAAAUCAACUCCCACAGCUGAAGUCACAUCUUGACCCUGAUGACAUGGACACCUCCAUCUCCAAGUUAGUCCUGAGUGUCCAAUUCCUUCUGGGUGUCUCCAGAUAGAGUUGUCUUUCUGGGCUCCCCCAUUUCUCACCUCCCACAUUCCUCAUAUCGCUCUGGAUCAGUCUAUCUAUUGAGCACCUGCUACAAGUCUGGUGGUUUGGGGCACUGAAGAUCCAAAAGUAAGCAAAACAGGGACUUCCCUAGUGGUAUAGGGUUUAAGACUCUGCGCUUCCACUUCAGGGGGCUUGGAUUCUAUCCCUGGUCGGGGAGCUAAGAUCCCACAUGCUGCAUGAAGCAUGGCCAAAACAUUAAAAAAAAAAAAAAAAAAAAAGUGAGCAAAACAGAAGCAGGUUUCUUUUUCCUUUCCGCCCUCAUGGAAGUGAGUCUAAGGGGAGAGAAGGAGCCUGGACAGGUAAUAAAUCAUCAAGAUCAUUCCAGGGGAUGACAAGUGCUGAGAAGGAGAUGAAUGUUCCACAGGCCUGUGUGGGCUGCCCCCUCUCCCACUGCAGACCCAGGGAGGGCCAUGAAGGUCCUGCUUCUCACGGGGCUGGGAGCCCUGUUCUUUGCCUAUUACUGGGAUGACAACUUUGACCCAGCCAGCCUCCAGGGAGCCCGUGUGCUACUGACCGGAGUCAGUGCCGGCGUAGGGGAAGAGCUGGCAUAUCACUACACGCGCCUGGGCUCCCACCUAGUGCUCACUGCCCACACCGAAGCUUUCCUGCAGCAGGUGGUAGGGAACUGCCGGAAGCUGGGCGCUCCCAAGGUCUUCUACAUCGCUGCGGACAUGGCCUCUCAGACAGAGCGCGUGGUGCAGUUUGCGCUGGACAAGCUGGGAGGGCUGGACUACCUGGUGCUGAACCACCUCGGCGCUGCCCCAGCAGGCACGCGGGUCCGCAGCUCCCUGUCGACACGCUGGCUCAUGCAGGUGAACUUCCUAAGUUACGUGCAGUUGACGUCUUCGGCGCUGCCAAGCCUGACUGACAGCAAGGGCUCCCUGGUGGUGGUGUCCUCAUUGCUCGGCCGGGUGCCCACUUCCUUCUCCAGCCCCUACUCGGCAGCCAAGUUCGCACUGGACAGCUUCUUCAGUUCUCUCCGGCGGGAGUUGGACGUGCAGGAAGUGAAUGUGGCCAUUACCAUGUGCGUUCUGGGUCUCCGAGACCGUGCCUCAGCCGCCGAGGGAGUCAGGGGCAUCACGAGGGUCAAGGCGGCUCAAGGGCCCAAGGCAGCCCUGGCCGUGAUCCGCGGAGGCGCCACGCGUGCCUCCGGCGUCUUCUACCCGUGGCGCUUCCACCUGCUCUGCCUGCUCCGCAGCUGGAUGCCACACUCGAGGGCCUGGUUCGUCCGCCAGGAGCUCAACAUAACGACUCCCCCUGCUGCCUGAGCCGCUGGGCUUGAGGCCCCUUCGUCUUCCCAGAAGAUGACCCUCCAGCCAACCGUCCUGGAGCCGGGACACACACUGAAGACACUUCCGAGCAGGUGGUCAAGGACCAAGAGAAAGUCAGCAAGACACAAAAGUAAACCCGAGAAAAACUACCAGCACUUGAAAACAAGCAGAAUUCGGAGUGUACCAGGCAUCUUGUCAGGAAGUCGGAAGUAAAUUACCUCCGUCGUCUUAGCUGUUACUGAUGAUAUGAGAGCUGCUUCCAUUUUGCAGAUGAACAAACUGAGGCUCAGAGAGGCGAUGUGACUUGCCCCAGAGCCCCGGCCACAUCCAACAGGUCAUACCACCACUGAGCCACCCUUGGAGCCCUCUCUAUCUGUGACCUGAAACCACUGCCUCCCGCUUUGUUCCUUCCACUCAGUCAGCCUCGGAGCAUCCUCCAACCCUUUCCCCAAGCAAGGGAGACCUCAAAGCUCUCGAGUUGCUCUUGGGGUCUGAGGAGAGGGAGGAGGAAAAGAACAUGUUCUAGGCUAGGUCCAACCUCCCAUUUGAUAAUAAAAACCCUUCUUCCCUUGCA